GCUCUCUGGAGCCGUUGCGAGAAGGAAAUGGCGGCGCGGCGCGGCUGAGACCUUCGGUGGCGGAGACGAGAUCCCGCACCCACUCCCCACGCAGUCGUCAGAAAAAGAAUUUUUGGUAUCUGCUUCUGCUGACAACUCAAAGAAACAGUCUGGUGCUUCUGAGUCAGGCAAUUCAGCAUGUGCUGGAAGGAUAAUGCUGAAUGACUCUGAUCCUUUGCUGCCCUCUUCUGGCUCUCCUUUUAAUUCAGCUCAACAGGGAGAAACUGUUCAAACCUCUAAUGCUGUGUCAGUGUUUCGAGGUGGGGAGAGUGGUGUCUAUACUAUGGAACAAGCUGUAAGCUUACAGCCAGUGUCUAUGGAAUCUGAAUCUAAUACUGACAACAUGGAAAACAGCUCCCCUGCAUCAGCUUUGGAUGAAAAAGAUGAGCAAAGCAAUGAGGAGGAACAAAAAUCUAUCAAGCCUACAAGCAAAGAAUUCAGGAAAACCUGGGGGUUUCGAAGGACUACAAUUGCCAAGAGAGAAGGUGCUGGAGACAUUGAUAUGGACUCUAGUGAACAACAGCCACAACAACAGCAACAAAGCUUAAAUCUCAGGCGUAGUGGGCGACAACCAAAGAGAACAGAAAGAGUGGAAGAAUUUCUUACAACAGUGAGGCGCAGGGGGAGGAGAAAUGCUCCUAUUGCUUUGGAAGAUUCAAGUGAACCUGCAUCCUGUCCAGCUACAGAUGCUGAAACUGCAUCAGAAGAUAGUGUUGAAAGUGCUUCAGAUACAAAGCCUGGAACUCGCAGAACUAGGAGCAGUAAGGAUCAGAAAGGCUCUAAAAGCAGGCGUACAAAAGAGGAAGAGGAGGAGGAGGAUGAAGAGGAGGAGGAAGAUACUUCUGACAGUGACAGUGAUGGGUUAACACUGAAGGAGCUGCAGAACCGACUGAGAAACAAACGUGUUGAACAGAAACCUACACAACUGACACUGAAAGAAAUACAGAAUCGCUUGAGAAAAAGAAUUUCAGAGCAAGAUCCUGCAGAAACAGAUAACGUCCAGCCUGAUCAGCCAGUUAAGACUGAAUUACCUGUGAAACAGGAGCCUGACAUUGUAGAUAACACUGAGAUUGCAAGUCAGGUUGUUGUGUCUGAGGAAAACACUGAAGAUCUUCAGGUUCAAAAGGAGGUCAAACCUCCUGCUGGAGCAAAAGGAAUUACAGAUGAGCAACCUGAAGAACUGCCCAAAAGCAAACCAGAGUCUGAGAUUUAUGACCCCAAUGCACUGUAUUGUAUUUGUCGUCAGCCUCAUAACAACAGGUUCAUGAUUUGUUGUGAUAGAUGUGAGGAAUGGUUUCAUGGUGACUGUGUGGGUAUUUCUGAGGCUCGAGGGCGGCUGUUGGAAAGGAAUGGUGAGGACUAUAUCUGUCCAAACUGCACCAUUCUACAGGGACAGGAUGAGUCUAUUUCAGAAACAGACCAGCAGGAAGCUAAAGCAGGGCAAGUAAAUGUGGAUGGUACAGAAUUCACGAGCAUAGGAACAGUUGAACACAAGUCUGUUGAGGACCAAGGCAUCAAGGGUAGGAUUGAAAAAGCUGCAAAUCCAAGUGGGAAGAAAAAGCUCAAGAUAUUUCAACCUGUAGUUGAUGCUCCUGGUGUGUCCAAGUGCAUUGGUCCUGGAUGUUUCAAUGUGGCUCAGCCUGAUUCUGUGUAUUGCAGCAGUGACUGCAUUCUCAAACAUGCUGCAGCCACCAUGAAGUAUCUGAGUACAGGCAAAGAUACAAAACCAAAACCUAAGGAGAAGACCAAACCAAAAUCUGAAAAACCUGGUGUGACGAAAUCUCAUCUCCAGGCAGGCUCUAAGCCUCUUUCAAACCAGAAGAGACAAUUUCCUGAGAAAAAAGAAACGAAUGUGAAGAAGACUGUUUUGUCAGCUGCCAAGACUGAGGCAAACACUCAACCUAUUGCUAGAGAGCCAGCAGCAGAAAACACCACGCCAUCAUGGGCAAGCGAUCAUAAUUACAAUGCUGUAAAGCCUGAAAAGACUGCUGCCAUAUCAUCUUCACUGUUGUUCAAAUCUCAAAAGGGAGAUAAAAAGAAGGAAGACAAAGCAGCAGAGCACACUGUGGCAUCAAAGAGAGCUGUUGCUUCAACAUCUGUGGCAGAGAAACAGACAUCUCUCACUAAAAAUCUUCUUCCCAAGAAGGCCCCAACCUUCUCUAGCUUGUCACUAGCCAAACAGCCACUGAAGUCUUCUACUGGGAGUUUCAAAGGCGUAAUUCCCAAGAAGCCGUGGCCUUCAUCAGACAGCGUUCCUUCAAAGCCUUCAGCUCCUCCUCCUGCCUCAUCGCUACCCAAAAAGCCAGUUGCAUCGUCCAGUUUGGGUGCAGGACUCAAAAGGCCUGCUCCAUCUUCUGUUCCCACUGCAUCUGGAAGUAGUCAAGUGAAAGUAUCGGCUGUUCCUAUCCAGUCACAGCCCAACUCUCAGAUUCGACAAAAUAUUCGGCGAUCCCUAAAAGAAAUUUUGUGGAAGAGAGUCAACGAUAGCGAUGAUCUGGUCAUGACAGAGAGUGAAGUGGGGAAAGUAGCGCUAAAUAUUGAGAAGGAGAUGUUUAAUUUGUUUCAAGUUACGGACAACCGAUACAAGAGCAAAUACCGCAGCAUCAUGUUCAAUCUCAAGGACCCAAAAAACCAGGGACUUUUUCAUCGUGUUCUUCAUGGGGAAAUCUCUCUGUCAAAACUUGUGAGAAUGAAACCAGAAGAACUGCUGUCUAAAGAACUGUCUGUGUGGAAAGAGAAACCAACCAAAGCAGUGAUGGAGUCGAGAAAAAAAUCACAGGAGGUCAAGAAAGUACCUGUGAAACGGGAACAUGCACCUGAUCUUAAUAUGGAAGACUCUCCACCAGUGUCUGAUUCCGAUGAGCAGCAAGAGUCAGCACGAAGUGUACCAAAAUCAAGCAGUGCUCCUUCUCUGGAUGUUUUUAGCAGUAUGUUGAAGGAUACAACAAGUCAGCACCGAGCCCAUCUUUUUGAUUUAAACUGCAAAAUUUGUACAGGUCAGAUUUCAGCAUCUGAAGAUGAAGUACCUGCUAAGAAGUCAAAGUCAGCGGCUUCUGUUAAAAAGGUGGAGACAAAAUCAAAACCAGAAGUUCAGCCGAAGUACGAAAGUUCUGCACCAGCAGCAGCAGAGCCAGCCAAAGAGGCAGUAGCUGAAGAUGCAAUGGAAACUGAUGUUGAACCUGCAGCAGAAGUGGUUUCCCAGUCAAAUGUAGAAAGAUCUUAUAUUCCUACGACUCAAGUCCAGAACAAUGCUGACUCCUCUGUCCCUGAAGAAGCUUCAGCUCUUCCUGCUGUUUGUACUGGUGGAGUUGUCACAACUGUAACAGUUUCUGGUAGAGACCCGAGGACAGCCCUGGGUACCUCCUCUGGUACUGCAGCAACUGCCCCACGAUCUGGUCCUGCAUCUGAGAAAGUUUCAGUGGGAGAAUCAAAGCAGGAAACGUCAAAACCAGUUAUGACUGUCCCCAAAUCAAUAUUAACAAAACCAUCGUCUUCACCAGAUCCAAGAUACUUAGCUGUUCAUCAGUUACCCAGUAUCAACGUUGCAGAGCCACGCUCACCUCAAGACAGCGACACUUCCCUCUUCCUCUCUCGUCUCAACACCAUUUGGAAAGGAUUUAUUAACAUGCAAAGUGUGGCCAAAUUUGUCACUAAAGCAUAUCCUGUCUCCGGGUGCUUUGAUUAUCUUAGUGAGGAUUUACCAGAUACAAUUCAUAUUGGUGGGAGGAUCUCACCGAAGACAGUCUGGGAUUAUGUUGGCAAACUCAAAUCUUCGCUUUCUAAGGAGUUGUGUUUGAUUCGUUUCCAUCCAGCCACAGAAGAAGAAGAAGUGGCCUAUAUCUCUCUCUACUCCUAUUUUAGCAGUCGUGGUCGUUUUGGUGUUGUAGCUAAUAACAACAGACAUGUCAAGGAUCUCUACCUGAUCCCACUGAGUUCUAAGGACCCAAUACCUUCCAAACUCUUGCCCUUUGAGGGACCAGGUCUUGAAUCAUCACGUCCAAAUUUAAUUCUUGGAUUGGUUAUCUGUCAGAAAGGGAAACGUCUUGCUACCGGCAUGGAAACAGACAAAAUAGAGGAAAAGCGAAGUCGGAUUCAGUUGCAGGAGGAAGCAGAACCAUCGCAGUUCUUGAAGGGGCCAGUAGCUUCUUUUCAAGAAAAGAAAACCCCCAAAUAUGGGCUUUAUUCUGGAGACUCAGCUGUGAGUACAACACCCCCUGGGUCUCCUCCGCCGCCUCCACCCCCACUUCCCGUUCCAGAAAGCUCAGCAGUUACACCUUCAGUAUUAAAAAUACUGUCCUCGAUUAAAAGUGGAAGCACAACUACUGCACCGCCUCCGAUCUCAGCCGCUGCUUCUCCAAGUGUUACUGCUACGCAUUCUUCGUCCUCAAAAACUGCCACACCUCUCGAGCACAUCCUGCAGACGCUGUUUGGAAAAAAGAAAUCUUUUGAACCUGUUGCUAAGGAUUCUGAAACUGCCCAGUCUUCAAAUCAGAAAGCUCAGGCAGCUGCUGAGGGAGGUGUGGCAGCUGUUCCUUUGUUAGAUCCCAUUGUACAGCAGUUUGGACAGAUGUCGAAAGACAAAGCGAUAGAGGAGGAGGAAGAUGACAGACCAUAUGAUCCCGAGGAAGAAUAUGAUCCAGAGAAAGCUUUCGAAAUGCAGACAGGUGAAAGUGAAAAACUUUACAGUGUGGAAAAGCCAAGUAAUACAGCAGUAUUAGAGGAUGAGGCCUAUGAUCCAGAAGAUGAAACUAUCUUGGAAGAAGCAAAAGUUGCUGUUGAUGAUUUACCUAACAAAAUGUAUACGGAUGCUAAAAGCAGUGCUCCAGAAACAUCUGCUCCAUACGUACCUGACUUAUCUGCGUCCUCAUCCUUAGUGGAACAGCAAAAAAUGUUGGAAGAAUUAAACAAACAAAUAGAAGAACAGAAAAGGCAACUAGAGGAGCAAGAAGAAGCCCUCAGACAACAAAGAGCGGCUGUUGGCGUUUCAAUGGCUCAUUUUUCAGUGUCUGAUGCUUUAAUGUCACCACCACCAAAAUCUUCCCUAAUAAAGACUGAAUUGUUCCAACAGGGCCAGCAAGCUGUACAAAAAGUAGAUUUACCUUCAUCUGCAAAUCAGCAAGCACAAGUUUUAAACCAGGGCUCUGACCCACGGCAGACUAGAGAUCCUCGACAAGCCCGAAGAAUGGCAACAGAAAUAAACGACAAUACUGAUGCUCGAAUAAAGCCACAGGCAGUACAGAAUGAAACACCCGCAAGAGAAAUUCUUUCAGCAAGUUUUCCAAGUGCUCUGUCAGCUUCACUUGGUAAGGAAGAUAAUACCUUAAUGUCUGCUCCUCAGCUUAGUUAUACUGCUGGUAACUGGGUUUCAAGUGAACAGGCUUGUACGGUGUCACAGAAAGAGGCACCUAGUAGCAAAUUUGAAAACACCGCUCAAGUUAAUUUGGAGAAUGUAAGUCAAACAGUUCCUGGUGAACCCUCUACAUCCAAACCCUUACGCAAAGUGCUGCUUCCAACACCUCCGACUACGUGUUUUCAGCCUAAUUUCUCCACAUCAAAUGACAGUCAGUCUUUGCAAGAUAUGCAUCAAGUACCAUGGUCAAAUGAGCCAAAGGAAGGAAUAGGAAGAGAUUCUUUUUCAAAUGCAAUGUUUACUUCUCAGGAAAAUGCAGGUGGUCACUAUGAACCAGAGAGAGGUCUGUCUUCACUGCAGUAUGAAGAACAAAGAAACCCUCAGCCUCAUCAAUUUGUAGAACAAACUGACUCUACAUCAAUUCAGGGUGAGGGUGGCCCUCUCCCACAGCACUUUGAGGAAAACAGACUUCCAUUUUCUUUGUCUGGGCAGAAGGGAGGACCUCCACAACCGCCAAUGCACAAUGCACCUGGAGGACCUCACGGACCUAACUUUAGAGGGCCGGCACCACAGUUCUCAGAAGAGCACGGUUCUCCAAACAGUGAUGGGCAAAGAGGAUCUGCCCCUGGAAGAUUUGGAGGUCAGAAGGGUCCCAUCCCUUCCUUAUUUUCUUCACAGCAUGGAUCUCCGCUUUUUGGUGAUAGUAGGGGCCCUGCCCCAUCUUACGGUGUUCCAAGAGGAAUGUCGCCAUCUCAGUUUGAAGAUCACAUGGAACCUCACAUGGAACAAAGGGAAUUCUCAGAUUCCCAAUACAAUGAGAUGAUUAGGCCUCCAGGACCAUUUGAAGGAUCUGAUCAACCUCAGUUUAUGGGAAACAGAGGACCUUUUCCUUUUGGAGGUCAAAGACGACCUCCACCAGCUCAGUUUAAGGGACAGAGAGGAGGGCCUCAGUUUGGAGGGCCAAGAGGUCCGGCCCCUAGUCAUUUUGGGGGACCAAGAGGGCCUCACACAAAUCAAUUUGAAGGGCAAAGAGGUCCACCUCCGAAUCACGGACCUGGCCCAAGAGGACUUUUGCCACAGCCAUUUGAAGAACGGAGAGGGAGUCCCCCUCCCAGAUUUGCCAACCAGAGAGGUCCAGCACCACCUCAGUAUGGAGGACCAAGAGGGCCCUCGCCUGCAAUGUUUCCAGAGCAAAAUGAACCUCCUUCUAGAUUUCAUUUCCAAGGUCAGUCGCAACAAAGCAUGAAGUCAACCCCAAGACCGCUCCUAGACCUUCCAGGCCAUCUGUCAGCCCACAGAAAAGACAUGUGGGAGGAGGCUGGACCAUCUGCAUCUCUUUCCAAUGUUUCUGGACAAGGGCAUGAGUCAGAAGGACAGUGGUCAGCACCUGACUUCCGAGAAGGCAAAAAUAUUGAAUAUAGAGGCCAGACAUUUGAAGGGAGGCAGAGAGACAGAUACGAGGGAGGAAAUAAAGACAAGGGUUUAGAUCAGCCAGAGCCUCAGCAAGCUGAUAAUCGACAAGGUAGACCGUUUGAGGAAAGACGAAGGGAUCGUGAACAUGGCAGACCUUGGGAAAGAGACCGUGGCAGAAACUGGAACAGAGACAGGGACUGGGAGAGACACAGGGACAAGGAAUGGGAUAAAAACAGAGACAGAAACCAAAACAAAGAUAGAGAGAAAGAUUCCGAGCAUGCUAAGGACUGGGAAAGAAGCAGAGACCGAGACAGAGCCAGAACCAGAGACAGAGAAUCCUACAGAAGACGUGACAGGGAGAGAUCAAGGAGCAGAGACAGAGAUCGUGACAGAGAUAAAGACAGGGACCGGGAUCGAAGCAGGGAAAAAGAAAGAGAUCGAGAGAGAGAUCGGGAUCGUGAGAGAGGAAGAGAUCGGAAAGAUCGAAGCAAAACCAGGGACACUGGUAAAGAGGUGAAGCCAGAAACACCUAAGGAAAGCCAGAAACCAACAGAGGCAGAAGCUUCAUCGUCCACUGCUCAGUCGUAGAAAUAUGGCUGCUACUGUAUUUUCCGUAAAUAAGACACUUUUACAACACAGCAAGGACCGAGUCAGUGUCUUCUGUAUAUACUGUAUAUUCUCACCUUUGCAAAAGUGCUGUUGUAAAUCUAGCCUUAUACAAUGUACUGACAAAUGAGUAAUUUUUGAAGAACUGUGAAUGAAAAUACUCGAAGAUGUAAACGGCAAGAACAUACCGGACUUUCACUUGCUGCAUUUUGUGCAUAACGUUUUUAUUCUAAAAAUUCACAGCGUUACCUGUUCUGAAAUUUUGUUUUUUUCUACUCGCAUCUUUAUCUUAAAGUUUCCAUUUACGGUACAGAAAUGGGAAAAGUCUAAGAAGAGCAUAUUGCUUUUUAAAAUUAUAAAGUUAUGUUUUCCAGUAACUUGAAUUGUAAUUUUAUAAGAGAAUUUAAUCAAAAUCCUAGGAGCCAUACCUUUACAUCUCAUUUAUGUGGUAUUUUGAUGUCCAAGUUGUUCCUACAGCACACGCUUUAAAAAAGGAGUCCAAUAUUGCUGUCUUUCUUUACAAUGCAAAGACUGUGUGUUUAGGAAAAGGCUGCAGAAGAACAGUGUUAUUAUUUGACAGAGGAUUUGGAAAUGGAAUGUUAUGAGCUUAAAGUGCACUAUUUUCCUUUCUCUAUACAGUUAUUUUGUUUUGAAAUCCAUCUGUUAAGUGUACAACAAAGAAGCAAUUCAUACUUUUCACGAGGGUGAGGAGUUUUAAAUCCCACAUAUUUACAAACCCGUAAUUAAAGAGCAUAUAUGAGUAGCACCUUUACAACCAGCGAAACUUUUAGAAACACCAAGAUCUAUUGGCAAAAGAUCGAGUCUACAAAAGAAUGGGGAUACCAAAGGAAUGAAAAAUAACUUUAUUGAACAGAUGAACUGAUUUACGUGAGGCAUUUUGGGGGUUUUGUUUUCUUUUGGCAGAAAACUGCCAGAGACUUAAGAAGUGUCACCGCUUUCCUCUACUUUUCAAUCUAAAAGUGUGAAAAAAAGUGCUCCUGAAAAAAAAACCCACCAAAAUGCCCCUGUUUUUGUCAGCCCCUGCUCAUUCUGGCACUGUAUAUAAGACUGUCCAAUGAAAAUGGUCUACAUGCAUUUAGCUUGGAAAGAAGAUUGGUAACACCUGAUGUCAUGAUUCAAGGGGGAAAGUCCUUACUGUGAAAUACAUUACACAGCUACUUUUCAUGUAUUCUUCAAGUACGUAAUUCUGAAGUAUGAAAUAAGAAAACCCUGUUAUUUACAAUUUGACUACAUAAAUUAACAGUUGCUUAAGUAUUUUCGUAUUUUUAUAAAAUAGUUUUGAAAAAGGUAAAAUUAGAUUCCUACAAAUACUUGCAUCUUGAAUUCUACAUUACAAGUAGCAUCCAUGUCAUGUAUCUCACCAUAGGUUAUAAGGUUCAUAUUGGUGUGUCUUACAAGUCCUCACACAUCACAGGUUUGCUGGUUGGAAUGAUUGCAAAAUGAACCUGUAAACAACACGUUAACAUGCAGAGAGGUGUUAUUAAAUACAAACAUCUACUAUGGUGUAAGAUUUUUUCUUAAUGAGAUGUUUCUAAUUUAAAGACAUACAUAAAAGUAUGCAAAAAGCAAGUGUGUUUGUUUAGGUUUACUUGAUAGAAAUUUCUGUAAAUUGUAUUUUAUAUGGCAAAAUAUAGCACUGUACAUUAAGACAUGGGAGUUCACAGGUUUUUGUUACUGUAAGUAGAAUAAACAUCUACAGCUAAAUUUUGUCUC